GCACUAUCGACAUGUUAACACACAAGUUUAUUCAUCUUUUACUUCCGCCAGGUAUGGAGAAGGACCGGGAAGAAGCUCAACUACAGGCUGAAGCCGACCGAGUGAAAUCCCUUGCGAUAGCAGGAGUCGCGAUGUCGGUUGUGGCUGCAUUUGUUUGUAUUCUAUCUGUUCCACUGAUUUACAACUAUGUCCAACAUGUUCAAACACUUCUUCAAAACGAGGUCGAUUAUUGCAAAUCCCGGUCCGGAUCAUUGUGGCAACAAGUGACAAAAGUUCAACGAAAUCAUGUUUCCAAGAAAAGGGUGCCCAGAGAUCAAUAUGGCGGCUAUUCAGCAAGCUAUGGUAGCUACAAAGCACUGCCACGAGAAUUUUUAGAUACACAAGAAGUGCACGGCGCUGGAUCGCAAACACAGGAUAACAAUAUGCUAUGCUGUGGUUGUGGCAUUGGUGCACCUGGAGAGCCAGGGCCUAAUGGAAAAGAUGGACGAGAUGGUGUUGAUGGUGCGCCUGGUGAAAAUGGCCGAGAUGGCAACGAUGCUCCGGAUAGAGCUUUUCAAGGACAAGAGUUCUGCUUUGAAUGUCCACCCGGACCUCCUGGCCCAGAAGGUGAACCUGGACCAAAGGGUUCGCCUGGACUACCAGGAAACCCGGGCACUGACGCUGAUGGAGGAACGCGAGGCCCUCCAGGACCACCAGGACCACCUGGAGAACCGGGACCACCUGGGCCACCGGGACCUCAGGGAGAAGGCGGACCAGAUGGAAUAGUCAUCGAGAAAGAAGGACCACCCGGAGAACCUGGAAUCCCAGGACCCCCAGGUCCACCAGGACCGCCUGGAGCCGAGGGAACUCCUGGUUCGCCCGGCAUUCCUGGACCUCCUGGCCCCCCGGGUGACGACGGCCUUCCUGGUGUACCUGGCCGACCAGGGCCGCCAGGACCAAAGGGUGCACCGGGCAAACGUGGACAAGCUGGACCGUGCUCUCAUUGUCCGCCACCUCGUACCGCUCCAGGAUACUAAUUUAUAUGUAUAUAAGUAUUUUUUCUACUUCCUUCUACUCUCUUCCUCGCCAUUUCAUCUCAUAGAAACAUUCCCGUCACAAAUGAAUGCUCAGAGUUGUGUUGUUCCAACUCAGAAUUGCCAAAUUUCGCUGCAAUCCUUCCGAAUGAUUCCGACACUUGUCACUUAUUGUGCUCACAUGUAUGUAUACAAAUGCCCUUACUGGAUUAAGCAAUACUAACAUUAAUUAUCUGUACAUCUUGUAUCAUCCUUUUUUC